AUGGCUCCGUCAUUGGAAGUCCCUGUGGCGCUUGCGCCUGCACCCUUGGGAAACAUCGUCGUCCCCAAGAAGGAGAUUGCAAGUAACAACAAGUUUGGAUACGUCCCUGGUCGAACAACCGUGGAAGACCACACCAACUACGCUCAUGAAGAUCUGCUGCCUUCUUUCCCAGAUAUCCACUGGGAUGCGCUGGAAUACACACCCUAUGAGGACCGAGGCUUGAGGGGAGAUCCAAAGUUCCGCAACUUAUUGAAGGAUGCUACGGCUGUCUUUGAUUACAACCCCAAGAUUGGCACUGAGAUUCACGGCGUGGACUUGGCGAAUCUCACCGACGCUCAGAAGGAUGACCUAGCCCGGUUGAUCGCCUACCGAGGAGUUGUCUUUUUCCGUGCGCAGAAGAACUUUGAUAUUGAUGCCCAGCGGGAUCUGGGAAGGCACUUUGGCAAGCUUCACAAGCAUGCUACUACCGCUGUCCCAAAGAAGAAGGGCCUCGAGGAUGUUCACGUCGUCUACGCCGGUGAUAAUGCAGCAGAGAACCGGGCACUCUUCAGCCCAAGCUUUUUGUGGCACGCGGAUGUCACCUACGAAGUGCAACCACCAUCAUAUACUUCAUUGAAACUCCUCACCGGGCCACCCCUCGGCGGUGGCGGCGACACCCUCUGGUCUUCGCAAUACGCAGCCUACGACAUCCUCUCCCCCUUCAUGCAGACCUACCUCAAAAGCCUGACAGCCGUCCACUCCGCCGACAUGCAAGCUAACGACUCCCGAGCCAUCGGUCGACCGGUUCGCCGCGACCCAGUAACCACCAAACACCCGCUCAUCCGCACAAACCCCGUCACCGGCUGGAAUGCACUCUUCUUCAACCCAGGCUUCGUGACCAAGAUCAUCGGUAUCCCCAAGGCCGAGAGCGAUGCUAUCAUCAAAUACCUCACAGAUGUCGUCGCCACCACCCAGGAGAUGCAUGCGCGUUUCCAGUGGGGUAAAGAUGACGUUGCCUUCUGGGAUAACAGGACAACGACUCACUCCGCCUCCUACGGCUUCUCCCCACACCGACGCCACGCCGUUCGCGUAGCAGCCCAAGCUGAACGGCCCGUCCUGCUGGAAACGGGUAAAUCCCAGGAAGAAGAUUUGGCCGCCUUGUAUGGACUGCCGGCGGUUAACAAGGACGGAUCUCGACAGUCGAACUACAAUGAUUGA